UAGCCGGGCGCUGGGAUUGAGAAGGCAGGAGAGCGAGGGAGGGAGUAAGCGACUAGCUGCGAUGCUCUGGGGCUGGCCGGGCUAGCAGGCAGCGCGUUGUGUACGGGUCGCUCGUAGCUCAUUCACUCAACAGCGGGGACGCCGGCGGUCAUGGAGAAUCAGCUAGCACGCUGCAAAAUCGUAGUAGUUGGUGAUAGCCAAUGCGGCAAGACGGCGUUGCUGCAUGUUUUCGCCAAGGACGCCUAUCCUGAGAAUUAUGUCCCUACUGUAUUUGAGAACUACACAGCCAGUUUUGAGAUUGAGAAGCAGCGCAUUGAGCUUAACAUGUGGGAUACUUCAGGCUCAACAUACUAUGACAAUGUCCGUCCACUAGCCUAUCCAGAUUCAGAUGCUGUUCUUAUCUGUUUUGACAUUAGCCGUCCUGAAACUCUGGACAGUGUCCUUAAAAAGUGGCAGGGGGAGACCCAAGAAUUCUGCCCUAGUGCCAAAGUAGUUUUGGUGGGCUGCAAACUGGACAUGCGCACAGACUUGAAUACUUUACGGGAACUCUCCAAACAACGCCUUAUCCCUGUUACACAUGAGCAGGGCAGCAUGCUGGCCCGGCAGUUGGGUGCUGUGGCAUAUGUAGAAUGCUCUUCCAAAGUGUCAGAGAAUAGUGUGCGGGAUGUUUUCCAUGUGACCACACUGGCCUCAGUCAAUCGGAUUCAUAAGCACCUCAAGCGCAGCAACUCAAAGCGAGGACUGAAGCGGAUUACGCAGAUGCCUGGACGGACAGAUUUAUUGACUGAUUCUGAGAUCCGCAAAGACCGGGCCAAAAGCUGCUCGGUGAUGUGAGAGCCAGCACAACUGCAGAGGGGCUGAAGUAUAGCACUGCCUGUCCAUAUCACUUUGUGUAGUAACUGGGAAUGGAAGGUUCUCUGCACUGAGGGCCACAUUCCCCACGAUGUAGGUCAGAACAAACCUACAAGGCCUGUCUGGAAGCUGAGUUGGGAGGGAUCUGCCUGAAACUGCAAAAUGCUCAGCAUAGUGCAAAAGCAUCUAGAUGGCCCACAGUUGCACAAAAUACAGAAAUGCUCAGGUAGUAGACAUCUUCCAAAGAAAGGAAUACUUCCCCAUGAGAAGCACUGGAGGUGAUAAAUACUUCAAAUCUUCUUAAGAGUUAUUAUUUCAGAAUUAGUUUCAAAUGUGAUGUCCAGACAACCCAAGUAUCUGGCAUUUUUGGUUGCUGUGGGGUGUGGCAAUCAGUCCACGCCCACAGCAUGUGUGCACAUGUAUAUUUGUGCUCAUGCUUGAGGGCAGUCAUGGAAUAAAAGAGUUACAGAAGAGUCAGAGCAAAUGGUGGUAAUUUUAGAUGAAAAAUGGGAACAAUUAGGGUGGCGGGGGGGGGAGGGGAAAGGACUGAUAGUUUUGGACAGCUCCCAGGGCAUUUGACACUCUGGAUUAACUGACAGGUCAUUUUGUCUCAAAGGUGUUUUUUCAAAAGGCAGCUGAACUUUCUUUGUUUUUCCUCAUGUUGUGCCAUGAGGACUGCAGUCAUUCUCCACCAUUCAGUCAGAACUGAGAAAGCUUCUUGCAUGACAAGUGAAAUAUCUUCAAGGAAAAAUCAAGAAAGUCCAGCUGCCUUUUGAAAGAGCACCUUUGGGACCACCAUGACUUGGAUGAUUGAGAAUCUCCAUAGACAUUUGACAGGUCACUUUGCUACAUCAGAGACAAUUGCCAAGAAAGUAGCUCUUUUGGAAGAGAUGGUUUUCAUUAUCUCUACCAAGGGUGAAAGCUGGAAGGCUCAAAAGUUGUGUCCACUGGAGCCUUUGUUUUCAAUAACAGUUGCUGUGGUGUUCACUUGACUUGUAUGACACCUACAAGUCCUUUUUGUCUACAAAUUUGAUAGUCUGUCAUGACCAUGGCUGCAUCAUAGGCAAGAAUCAGUUCUUCUUGGUCCCCAUUCUUGUUUCACGAUCUCCUUUCAUGGGAUGAUGCACAUGGAUAGGAUUGAAGGAAUGCCUUUUGCUCCUGGGAAGGAGAAAAAAAGGAUAGCUGACGGGUAGUAAAAUGUCUCUAACAUUGUAAAUCAGAUAUUGGGAAAUGCAUUGCUGUUCCAUCUUUUGAUUUGGGCUGCAUUUCUUUGAGGUGGAUGUUGCUGUAGAGGUGUAACCUACCUCAGAUUGUUGGCAAUUCAACUGUUUUUGAUUACACGGGAGUGGGGAAAAGUCAAGAUGCAGGCUUUCAUAAUUAUUUCAAUAUUUAAUGGCUCUUGGAUCGCAGUGUGAUCCUAAUGUGUCUACAGAUAUCUUUCUUGGUGCUCUGUAAACUCUUGGCUCCCAGAAUCUAAAAGAUUCUUAAAUUAAAAAUAAAUGGCAUGGAGCAGAA